AUGGGAAGUACAUACUGCGAGAAAGUAGCCGACGUCGGUGAGAGCAAUAACGGCGUUAUGGUACGGCAACAGUUGACUUCGCUGGGUUACGGUAUCGAUAAAAUGAAGAACGUGGUUAACAGGUCAACCCAGAGGACUGUAUGGGUGUGGCGACAGCUCCGACCAGAUGCUCUCGCAGCUGCUGGCGGUCACCUGGCCAGAGGAGAAGGCACUGUAUACGUUAACAAGCUUCAGAAAAUGCCCGAGUUCGGGAAUAAAUGCUCUUUGGUCUCGGCGGUCCGAAAGGGCCUUAAAGAAUUACGAUCUGUGGAGAAGCAAUGCAAGUGGUUACCCGAGACUUACAUUCUGUUGAAGGUGACGAUCGUCAAGCAUUAG